CAGUAAAAAAGGCUUGCGCGCUCCCUCUUCUCUCUCAUUCCCUCAGCAGCUCCUCACAUUCGGUCGUGCAUUCAUCACCCUUGGAAAGAUGUCGGACGAGGGAAAGUUGUUCGUUGGCGGUUUGAACUUCACCACGACCGAGGAUUCCUUGGCGUCGGCCUUCGGCAAAUAUGGAACCAUCGAAAAGGUGGAUGUGAUCAGAGAGAAAGAGUCGGGAAGGUCCCGUGGGUUUGGUUUCGUGAAAUACGAAAAUGUGGAGGACGCUAAGGAUGCACUGGAGGCCAUGAAUGGAAAGACUCUGGAUGGCCGGUCUAUUCGUGUGGACGAAGCAGGAAAAGGUGGUCGCUCCAGGGGAGGAUUCUGCUCCACUGGCCAGCGUGGGGGUGGCGGAGGCCGAUUUGGAACCUCCAGAGGCAGAGGUGGUGGUGGUUACAACGGUGAUAGGAGUUACGGCAGCGACAGGGGUUACAGUGACAGGAGCUUCAGCGGUGGAGACCGGAGCUUUAGCAGUGGUGGUAGCUACAGGACCGGAAGCUACUCAGGCGGCUACAGAGACAAUAGGGGACAAAGUGGCUACGGCGGCGACCGUUCCACCUCAUACCGCGAUGGAUACGACAACUAUGCUGCAAACGACUAAACAUCUCCCUGAUUCAAGAUCAUCACUUGGCUGGCUGUUUUUCAAAGAUACGCUCCUCAAGAAAACCCGUCCAUGUUGUUUAUUGCUGACAUUAGUUUUGUAGUUCUGUUGUCGUAGCUCAAGCAUCUUAAAAAGAAUGUAGCCCUGAGUUUUGGUCAUUUCCCCCCUUUUUUUUUUAAAGCAAAAAAAAUCAGUGUUUAAAAAAAGUUCUUUGCUUGCCUCGGGGCACCACAGAUUCCUCCUAACGCUAACUGUUCCGAUUAGGUCUAUUCCAUGAAGCCCCCUUUUUGGGGGUCAGACAACGCCAGUCCAUGACUUUCUUUGCUCAGCCACACAUGCUGUGAGCAUCCCCCUCCCCAUUUUGUCUGGAACGUUCAAGUGUUGCUAGGUUUGGGGAAUUAUUAUUUUAAAUCAACACUUUUCGAAGGGGCUCGUUUUUUCUUUUGAAGGUCCAUUGACUGAUCUCCCGCCAGGAUUUUAACUCUGAGGAAAGAGAUGCAUUCGCCCAGAAAGACUUAAAUGGGUUGGGGGCGGGGGGGGUUUUGUAGGCCAAAUUCCUUUUUACAAUAUUCAACUUAGGUUAUUUGGCGCUUCCUGUAUGUUCAAUUUCCCAAAAGCGUGAAUUCCUUUCAGACUGGUGAACUACAAAUCCGAAGUGGCCGGCUGUUCAUGAAGUUGCAAAUUGCAGCAUGCUACAGUCUGUCCCAAGGUAUCUUCUGUGCUCUGCUCAACAUCUGCAUUUUUUUUAAUGUGCUGUAAAAUUGGACUAAUCUUGUCAAGUGAUCGAAAACAAAAUGUAACUUCGUUUCCAAAAAGUAAAACCACGAUCGGGAACAGAUUUGUACUUUGUUCUUUGUAUGGUCUUUUUUUUUUUUCUUUGUCAGUUCAGCUUCAUGGAGCCCAUUAAACAGAUUGUGGAAAAUA